AUGGAAUCGAAAUCGAAUGAUGGAAACAGUAGAAGGUUGAGAAGGAGACGGAUGAACGCUUCCCUGAGUGACACAGCGUUCAGUGACGACGAAACGAAUUCCUAUUUAAAAAAUUACAGUUCCAACAAAAACUUAACUCUUACGACGCCAAAACAUCAACAACAACUACCUCAACAACAACAUCAAUUCUAUCAACAUCCCACACAAUAUCAUCAACAACGACAACAUCCGUUUCAACAGGAGGAGAGACAGCGUAGACAUUCAUCAACAUUUUACAUGAUUUGUAAUCCUAACAGUCGCAGCAGCAGCAGCAACAACAACAACAACUACAAUAACGCUAACAAUUACAGCUACAGCAACUACAACAACGUUAAAAUUCAUAGUAGCGAUAAUAUAUACAGUAAUAUUAACUCCCAGUGCAAUGAUAACGCCAUCAAGAGAAACUUCAAUCACAAAAAUUUCAAUGAUCAUCACAUUAAAGACUAUAAAAGUUACGAAAACGUGUUUAAAAAUGAUAACAAUAACCAAUGUGAUAACAAAUGUGAUGAUAGCGGUUGCUGCCUGGAGUCUACAAGUUCCCACUCAUCAACAUCAACAACAUUGGAAUCAAGUCUUCUGGUUAGCCCGAAUGAUUAUAACCAACGUCAUCAUGAUGAAAGUGUUGGGAAGAAAAACUCUAAUGACAUUUCUACUAGAGAUUACAUUAAUAAUAAAGUUAACAAUACUAUCAACAAAAUCGCCAACCAUUAUCUGACCGGUAGCAUCAAAGAUAACAUUAACAUUAAAAAUAGCGUAACAAGCAACAACAACACCGAUCAUAGCAUCAUCAGCAACAACAACUAUAACAAUGACAUCAACAACAACGACAACAACAACAACAUCAACAAAGGAACAUUAGAAUUCGUCAAACCACACAUCACAGUUUACAAUUUUGAUAAAAAAAUUAAAAUUAACUCGAUGCUAGAUUACAUCAACAACAACAACAACAUCUACGCUAACAACAACAACAUCUACUCCAAUGUCAACAACAACUACGCCAACAAAAACUACAUUAACAACAACAUUAAUGAUAGCAACAAGAUUAAUAACAACAACAACACAAAAAUCUUAAAUAAUACCAUCGAUAAUUCAAGCAUUUCUAAAUACACUCCAGAUACUUCUACUACUACUGCUACUGCUGCUGCUACUACUACUACUACUACUUAUACUGCUGCUACUACAACUACUACCAAUAAUAAUAACAAUAAUCAUAAUAAUUUUUCUACUACUGCUACAACUCACAUUAAUACUACUUUUACUAACAAACCAGCAAAGGUUUCUAAUAUUACCCCAUCAAACUUUACCACAACUCCAAAAACGCAUUCAUUCCCAACCGCUGCUUCUCCCCGAACUGAUAAUAACAAUUCAGUUUCUGAUUUAGUUAGUAAAACUGCCAUUGCUAACACUUCAAACGCUAAUACUACCUCUAUUUUUAAUACUAAUACUACUUUAACUACUACUAAUACAAAUAUUACUGUCUCUUCUUCGAAUACAAACACCAGUGCUAAAUUUGCAGUGAAGCGCCACCAAAACUUAAUUCAGAAAAAUGCGAUAAACAUCAAAAUAAACGAAACUGUCAUUCACAAUUUAAACUACGAUGACGUCAAUGAGGAGCGCGAGAAAAUAUCACGUGACAACAAUAACAUCAAUAACAACAACAGAAGCAACAACUAUGACGACAACAACAACAUAGCCAAACUUGUCGAUUGUAACGUUGGAAAUAAUAACUUCAUCUUAGAUAAAAAUGUGUACGAUUAUUAUGAUCAAGCUUAUAAUAACAAUAAUAACCAUAGAAAUAAUAAUAAUAAUAAUGAUAAUGAUAAUCAAAAUGACAUUGGGCGCAUCAUUAACGGCAACAACACUAACAACGCAUUUGGCAACAACAACAACCACAACAAAAAAAUUGUUGAUGAUACAACUGCUACUUCUACCAUCACUACUGCUUCUACUACCAUUACUGCUACUGCUAUGGCUGCUACUACUACAAAUAAUAGUAAUAGUUAUAAUAAUAAUAAUAAUAUUAAUGAGGAAAAUUUCAAAAACGGUAUUGAAGUUCUAGAGACUCUUGUUGCUAAAGAAUCAAACAACAACAUAACAAUCACCGACAAUGACGUCUGCAAAAACAAAAUGGACUCCCAAAAUAAUAACAACAACAAAAACAACAAUAAUAAUAAUAACAAUAAUAAUAAAAGCAAUAUUAACAACAACAACACAGAUGACAACACAACAUCAGAAAACUACAAAAGUUGCGUAAAUAACAAUAACAACAACAAUAGCAACAAUAAUAAUAAUAACAACAACAAGAAUAAUAAUAAUAAUAACAACAAUAAUGAUAAUAAUAAUAUGAGCGAGAAUUUUCUUCCUAUGCAGAUAAACCUGAAGACCGAAAUAAGGGAGGCCUGCUUCAACUUGAAACCUGUUUCAAAAUUUUCGUUCGACCCCAAGUUAAAAACAAUUUCUACAAUGGCGAACAACGCAGCAAACAACACAGCAACUGACACAGCAAAUAACAUAGCAACAAGAGCUAAAUUGACAUCAACAUCAUCAGCAUUGGACUCAUUAACAACGCCAUCUUCUGCAUUGGAAACAUCGACAACUACUUCAGCGACAACAUCAGCAACAACUUCAUCAGCAACAAUAACAACUUCAUCAGCAACAUCGAAAAGUUCUCCUACAAAAUCAAAACCACUGAAUAAGCAAUACGAAAUGUUGAAAUCGGAAAUGUUGGCAUCGAAGUUAACAUCCAACGUUGAGAACAUCAGGAGCCAACUUGAAAACGCCCUGCAGCGCCAGCAUGGAACACUGUUGAGCCAACGCCGAAUCACAUCCCAACUUGUGGAUGAUGUGGCACUAAAAAUUGCAAGGUCCCAAUUUCUUUACAAGGAAUUGAAUAAGAGUAUAUUCGGACAAGAUCCAUUAACUGCAACAUCGUCAUCAUCAUCAUCAUCAACAACAACACCAGCAUCACCAUCAUCAUCAUCAACAGCAGCAGCAUCGUCGUCGUCAUCAUCACAAUCACCACAAAUGACGUUAGAACUCUUUGAUGACCUGACAAAAUGCGUUGAGAAGUUACAGCAGGUCGAUCAGUUAUUCACCGUCGUAGAGAUGUCACUAAAAUCUCAAAAAUUUCUCACAGCCGCUGAAUCCAUUGCUUCGCUAAAGAAAAAUUUAAGAUCACCAGAAUCAUUAUCAUCAUUUACUUUAUCACCAUCUUCUUCCUCAUCAUCAUCAUCUUCAACGUCAUCAUCAUCUUCAAAUCUGUCUAAGAUCUUCGAACGCGAUCUUCUGGAGAAGACAAGAAAGAUCCUAUCCUGUCAGCUCCAUCUUCUCAAUGAUGAUCUCUUAGUUGAAAUAAUGCGAAGUUGGAAGGAAUUGAUCGUAUUCAAAAAAAGUGAUUUAGUCACUUGUGUUGGUGAAGGUGAUGUUGCUGAUGACGUAGAAAAUGAUGAUGAUGACGAUGAUUUUGGAGAUUUCGAAACUGAUAGAGAUAGCGAUGAUUGUGAUGAUGACGUUGAUGGUGAGUGUUUCUACGAUUGCUGCGACGAAGAGGACAAAAAGAUUUCGACUAAAAAGUUUUAUAAGAGAAGCAAAAAAAAGCGCGAUAACAGAAACAUCAGCAAAAGUAACAUCAACAACAACAACAACGACCUAAUUGCUAAAAAGGAAAUAAUUCUGGAUUUGAGUCACAUGUGCUCGCAGAAGGUUGUCAGUGAGGAACUCAUAGCAUCAUCUCGCAUCAUUGGCUGUUGGACAGACAUGGAGACGGAACUUGCCGAGGAAAUUAUUUUUCGUGGAUUGAUGGAGCAAAUCAUAAAAAUGAAUGAAAUUAAUGAUGACUGUAAUGAUAAUAAUGAUACCGGAGCUAUCAACGUGUUGUCGUCAACUGUUGAUGAUAGGAACAAAAAAGUUAUCAAAAUUGCUUUAAUACCGAAAAAGAAGGAAGUUCUAUCAAAACUAGGUCAACUUUUACUAUUUUUAGAUUCAUCCUGGUCGAUGUUAACGUACAAACGUGACCCAUUUAAGUCUUUGUCAUCACGUGUUUUUGAUCUUCUGUCGCCGAAGAUACUAGAUAGCGUUGUCCAAAACUGUCUCGGAGUGAAACUGAAAUCUCUGGGAUUUCCAAGAUCGUGGGAAGAUUAUGAAACCAUGAUUGAGUCAGUUCGGAAUUUUCAAGAGGGUAUCAUAAAAGUUGUAGUAUAUUCGUUUAUAAUUUUGAAAAAGAUUCUAGCAAAAGUUGGCAUCAACACAGCAGGCGUUGACUUGGUAGGCAUGAUUUCAGAAGCCUCUAAGCAAAAGUUUCUGAUAAGAAAAAAGAAGAUACUCCGCUAUGCCCACUACUUGCUAACAAAAUACCUAGACAGAACUGUCAAUAUAUCAUCUAGGUUUCCUAUUGGUGACGUUGACGAUGACGACGAUAAUGACGUCAUCAACACAGAUAUCAAAAACAAAAAAAAUGUGAAAAUAACUAAUGACGAUUAUGAAGAUGAUGAUGGCGGAUAUACUUUUGAUGAUUUGCAAUCUCUGAAGUCAUUCGUUGCUGGCUGUCACAAACAUUCUGAUGAGGAUUUCCAUUUGAAGAUUCCUGUCUGCAAGAUCAAUUACUCAGUGAAAAAGAUAGCACUGCUAAUAUACCAACUUUUGCAAGGACUGAAUAAAGAACAUGAAACUAAUUCGAAUGUAAAUAAGUAUGCAGUCGCAUCAGUAGUAGCCCCGAAAGCAGCUUCACCAACGACAGCAACAACAAUCACAACAAUGCUGCAGAUGCUGAGAAUGUUCGUUGAUGUUGUGCCUCUUUAUCAUCAGCAACAAUUAAGUCUUCCGUUGUUUGCUGCCAUCCAUUAUAACAACUGUUUGUAUCUGGCUCACGUAGCAACUGUCGUCAAAAAAGUUUUGCCAGAAAUUCUGGAAAUCAACAACAACAACAAUAAUAAUAAUAAUAAUAGUCCCAAUGACUUCAACAAUGUUUAUGAUGAAAGUUCUGUUAAACCUAUUACUGCUACAUCUAUUGUACAUGAUACAUCUUCAACUACUGCAACAACUACUACUGCAGCUACUACAACAACUACCAUUGCAGCUGCUACAACAACUUCAAACUUUGACGGCAACUCACCCAAAGUCAAAAAUGUUGACGCUAAAUCCGCGAUAAAUUAUUUGAUAGAGUUAACGACGGUGGCCAGCCAACUGAAACACAUGGGUGAUGUUCACAUGGAAAGAUUCGUUGAGAGAUACAACAAGGAGUUGUCGCAUGUCUUGAACACUGCUAAAGGAUUUGUAUGCGUGGCAGACGAUGACGGAUGCACUGUAACGCAAACGAUGGAUGUGCUAUUGAAGCGUAUCAAGAUGUUGAAUGAUACCUGGAUGGAUAUCCUUCCGGUUAAUACCUACUACAAAACUUUUGGUGAUGAGUUCAGCCAAGAGGAUUGCCACAUCCUCCAAUACACAUUCGAACACUUCAAAAACGAAACUAAAUCAUACAUCGAACUCUACAAUGUAAAAUGGAAAUCUCGAGCUAUAAACAUCCAAACGAGCAAAGAAUCUGAAUGCAUUCAAGAUCCGGAUGUUGUUUCAGUCCGUCACGUUAGUCUGUGGACCAAAUUUGGUUUGUUGAUUGAAUUGUUGGCCGGUGAUUUGAACUACGUCUACAACGGCUGGCUCAAUGGCAAAGGAUUACUCGCCAGUCACUACGAAAAAGAGGAGAUAGUGAGAUUUGUGAGGGCGAUGUUUGAGAAGACGAAAAAGAGAGAGGCCGUCCUCAAACGUUGCGGUUAUGUGAAAACGUUACCUGCCAAGGAGGCUGUUGAACAAAUUAGUAAAUGGCUGACAAAGGAAGACAGCGCCGUGUCAGAAAUUAGUGAAAUCUCUAGCAUUAUUGAGUCAAUUGAUUCUGAUGAAGACACAUCAACUCCUUUACAAACCGCCAUUAUUAAUUUUGAAGAAUAUGAAACCGAGUCAUCAAAAUGUUAG